GACGUUCCGUCGCGCCCCGCGCAACCGGAAGUGGCCGGGCCUUCGGCGGAGGGACCUGGCGGAGCGGAAGUCACUCCGUGAGGCAGUAGCGGCAGCGGCGGCGAGAGGAUGAACAACAAGUUCGACGCAUUAAAAGAUGAUGACAGCGGGGACCAUGAUCAAAAUGAAGAAAACAGCACACAGAAAGAUGGUGAGAAGGAAAAGGCAGAACGGGACAAGAGCCAGGGUGGCAGCAAGAGGAAGGCUGUUGUCCCUGGACCAGCAGAGCAUCCCCUGCAGUAUAACUACACUUUCUGGUACUCCAGGAGAACUCCCGGCCGUCCCACUAGCUCACAGAGCUACGAACAGAAUAUCAAACAGAUCGGCACCUUUGCCUCUGUGGAGCAGUUCUGGAGGUUUUACAGCCACAUGGUACGUCCCGGGGACCUGACAGGCCAUAGUGACUUCCAUCUCUUCAAAGAAGGAAUUAAACCUAUGUGGGAGGAUGAUGCAAAUAAAAAUGGUGGCAAGUGGAUCAUUCGGCUGCGGAAGGGCUUGGCAUCCCGUUGCUGGGAGAAUCUCAUCCUGGCCAUGUUGGGGGAGCAGUUCAUGGUGGGGGAGGAGAUCUGUGGGGCUGUGGUCUCUGUCCGCUUCCAGGAGGACAUUAUUUCAAUAUGGAAUAAGACUGCCAGCGACCAAGCAACCACAGCCCGAAUCCGGGAUACUCUUCGGCGAGUGCUUAACCUACCUCCCAACACCAUUAUGGAAUACAAAACCCACACCGACAGCAUCAAAACGAAGAGUGGUUUCCUGGGCCGUUGGCCAAGCACUGAGUUUUUGCUUUGCCCUUAUCUGCAUUUGAAGUGAAGAGUGCUGGCCUUCUGAUGUCACUCCUGGACUCACAAAGUUCAUCGCGUUACUCUCCCUCCAGAAACGGCUGUGGAACAGUGGUCUUGCUGUGGAAACUGAGUUUAUGAAUUGAUAAAGACUGGCACGCUGGUGUGGCUGGCUUACGUUUUUCUUCAAUUCACUUAGCAUAUACGUGUAGCUUUGGUCAUAACUCUGAAGAAACCAUUAACUGCAAAUCAACCUCUUAUUCUAAGAGGUAGAUCAUUAACUUGUAAGUGCUGCAGUUCAAAAGGGAAAUGCUGAUGAAACUAGUAUAAAUAUUGCCUGCAAGAAUUAAUUUGUUGUGCCAGGUCUCUCUCAAUCCCUCCCUGUUUAGAAAAAGGAAAGCUAUCUGUAGAAGGCCUGGAAUGAAGUAUAUGUUAGUGGCCAUAAUAUUAAACCUAUAGUGACUAAUGAACAAUGUUGUCACCCUGGGUAUUGUCACCCCGUUCAUGGAAUGGAAUAACUGAUAACAAGGAAUUUUAGGUUUAGAAGCACGAAAUUACCCAUUUUUACAUAUGUGUAUCUAUGUGUGUGUGUAUGUAAUUCCAGGAACUUAGUAGACACUCUGUCCCUAAUGGGGCUAAGAAGUGGCCAGGGCAGAAAGGUAGGGCACCAGCUCCUCUGAGAAAACUUGAGGCGGGUUAGGGCUUCCUGAUGAGUGAGGGAUCUGGUUUUCUCCUGUUUGGUGGCCAGCAAUCACCAAAGGCUUGUUCUUCGUAGAGCACCAGCCUACAAGACUGUACCCCUCGGUCACAUUUCUUAUCCCUUCGUAACCCCAAAUCCUACAUUGAGUUAGUCAGCAUGAAAGUUGUAAUGAGCAUUAAUCCCUGGAAAUUUUCGGCUGUUGUGACCUACACAGCUUAAAUUUUAAGGUAAUAGUUACAUGGAUAUUUUCAGAAACAGGCACCUGAUACAGUUUUGAGGUGAGUUUAGAAGGGUCAAAAGGUUGGAAAUGUGGAAGCAGAGAAAGUGGUAUAAUGUCCUCACUGCAUCUUUAGACUUCAUCAUGCUGUUGGGUACCUACAUUGACCCUCAGUGAGUCUGGACAAAAAAAGACAGUUUCUACCACCUGCCCUCACACCCCCAAGCAGAGUGCUGCCGCCUCUCCUGUGGAGGUGCCUCCAGUGACGGGUGGGCCUGGCUCUGACCUCACUAUGAAGGAGGAGAUAGGAGUGUUGCAAAUCCUCGAGGGAAUAGUGAGGGCCAGACUUGGCCAGCAGAGCAAGCCAGAAGUGUCCAGUGCCCCUAUGAGGUGCUGGCCACCGCUGCUGAUCUGAGGGGGGAAGCCUGGGUGGGGAACCGCACUGCUGGGCUGCCAGGUAUCUGUGGGUCUCACUCGACCCCGAGGGUAUCUGAAAUGGGAUGUGGGAUUAUCAUGUCUGCUCUCUCUUUGUUAAAAAGCUUUUGAUCUGAA